GCGCUGCCGAGCCUGGCUGCCCUGGAUCCCGCACUUCCCGCUCGGGCGCUGGACGGCGAAUGGGCCAGGGGCGCGCAGGUGCAGUAGGGUCUCCCAAUGGGGUGCCUUUGCCCCGGGCUCACGCUCCCUGUGAGCUGCCUGAUCCUGGUGUGGGCGGCAGGCUCUGGGAGCGUUAAGGUCCUGCAUCUCACCGCCUGCUUCUCCGACUACAUCAGCGCCUCCACCUGUGAGUGGAAGAUGGACCGUCCCACCAACUGCAGUGCCCAGCUCCGUCUGUCCUACCAGCUGAACGACGAGUUCUCUGACAACCUCACGUGUAUCCCCGAGAACAGAGAAGAUGAAGUGUGCGUGUGCCGUAUGCUGAUGGACAACAUCGUCAGCGAGGACGUCUAUGAGCUGGACCUGUGGGCUGGGAACCAACUGCUGUGGAACAGCUCCUUCAAGCCCAGCCGGCACGUGAAACCCAGGGCCCCUCAAAACCUCACGGUUCACGCCAUCUCCCACACGUGGCUGCUGACGUGGAGCAACCCGUACCCUUUGAAGAAUCACCUGUGGUCUGAGCUUACCUACCUGGUCAACAUCUCCAAGGAGGACGACCCCACGGACUUCAAAAUCUACAACGUGACCUACAUGGACCCCACCCUCCGCGUCACAGCCAGCACCCUGAAGUCCAGGGCUACGUACAGCGCACGGGUGAAGGCCAGGGCUCAGAACUACAACAGCACCUGGAGUGAGUGGAGCCCCAGCACCACGUGGCAUAACUACUACGAGCAGCCCUUGGAGCAGCGCCUCCCGCUUGGUGUCAGCAUCUCCUGCGUUGUCAUCCUGGCCAUCUGCCUGUCCUGCUAUUUCAGCAUCAUCAAGAUUAAGAAAGAAUGGUGGGACCAGAUUCCCAACCCAGCGCACAGCCCCCUCGUGGCUAUCGUCCUCCAGGAUUCUCAGGUGUCACUGUGGGGGAAGCAGUCCCGAGGCCAGGAGCCAGCCAAGUGCCCACGCUGGAAGACUUGUCUUACCAAGCUCCUGCCCUGUUUACUGGAGCAUGGCCUGCAAAAGGAGGAGGAUUCCUCCAAGACUGUCAGAAAUGGGCCUUUCCAGAGUCCUGGAAAAUCAGCAUGGCACACUGUGGAGGUCAACCACACGAUCCUCCGGCCAGAGAUCAUCAGCGUGGUGCCGUGUGUGGAGCUGUGUGAGGCCCAGGUGGAGAGCGAGGAGGAGGAAGUGGAGGAAGAUAGAGGGAGCUUCUGCCCGUCGCCUGAGAGCAGCGGGAGCGGCUUCCAGGAAGGCAGGGAGGGCGUCGCGGCCCGGCUGACAGAGAGCCUGUUCCUGGGCCUCCUCGGGGCUGAGAAUGGGGCCUUGGGGGAGUCAUGCCUUCUUCCCCCUUUAGGAAGUGCUCACAUGCCCUGGGCCAGGAUCUCAAGUGCAGGGCCCCAGGAGGCAGCGUCCCAGGGUGAGGAGCAGCCUCUCAACCCAGAGUCAAAUCCUCUGGCCACUCUGACCCAGAGCCCAGGCAGCCUGGCUUUCACAGAGGCGCCUGCUGUGGUUGCAGACAACCCCGCCUACCGCAGCUUCAGCAACUCCCUGAGCCAGCCCCGAGGUCCUGGAGAGCUUGACUCAGACCCACAGCUGGCCGAACACCUGGGCCAAGUGGACCCCAGCAUCCCCUCCGCCCCCCAGCCCUCUGAACCACCCACUGCACUCCAGCCUGAACCAGAAACCUGGGAGCAGAUGCUCCGCCAGAGUGUCCUCCAGCAGGGGGCAGCCCCAGCCCCCGCCUCGGCCCCCACUGGCGGCUACCGGGAGUUUGCGCAGGUGGUGAAGCAGGGUGGCGGGGCGGCGGGCUCCGGCCCUUCUGGGGAGGCUGGGUACAAGGCCUUCUCCAGCCUGCUCGCUGGCAGUGCCGUCUGCCCAGGGCAAUCUGGGGUUGAGGCCAGCAGUGGGGAGGGGGGCUACAGGCCCUAUGAGAGCCCCGACCCUGGAGCCCCUGCCCCGGUCCCCGUCCCCCUGUUCACCUUUGGACUGGAUGUGGAGCCACCUCACAGCCCUCAGAACUCCCUCCUGCCAGGCGGCUCCCCAGAGCUCCCUGGCCCAGAGCCGACGGUGAAGGGAGAGGACCCACGGAAGCCCCUGCUUUCCGCACAGCAGGCCACAGACUCCCUCAGGGACGACCUGGGCAGCGGCAUUGUCUACUCGGCCCUCACCUGCCACCUUUGUGGCCACCUGAAGCAGUGUCAUGGCCAGGAGGAGCAUGGCGAGGCCCACACUGUGGCCAGCCCCUGCUGUGGCUGCUGUUGUGGGGACAGGUCCUCCCCCCCAGUGAGCCCCGUGAGGGCCCUGGACCCCCCGCCAGGUGGGGUUCCCCUGGAGGCGGGCCUCUCUCUUGCCUCCCUGGGAUCCUUGGGGCUCUCUGAGGAGCGCAAACCCUCCCUCUUCUUCCAGCCUGCUCCCGGCAAUGCUCAGAGCUCGAGCCAGACCCCUCUCACGGUGGCCAUGCUCUCCACAGGGCCCACAUGCACGAGCGCUUCCUAGGGGCGUGCCCUCUGGUUGCUGCGGUCCACAGGUGAGGACCGGGUCUUUGAAAUGCCUCCCCCCACAUUUUGGGGCAGCCAGGCUGGCAGACUUCUGAAAGACUCAGAGAACCCUGGUAGGAAGCUGUGAGGUUGUCCAACCUGGGGCUACAGAGACUGGACCCCCUUGCUCCCAGCCGUGGCCCAAGCUCCCCCCAUCCCACGGGAGUGGAGCCUGCAGGGCAGCCAUGCCCACGGCAGGCACCUGCGGGCAUCGGGAGGUCCCUGGGCAGCUGAGCUUGUGAACGAGCCGUUGGCCGCUUCGUUGGUGCACAGCUUCUCCAGCAUGCUGUCCCUGUCACGCCUGCCCAAGGCUUGUUUUGUCCACCUAAUCUCUCUGUUACCCGAGUCUGACCCAGUCCUGGGUUAGCUGCCGCCAUAUCACUGGAUUGGAUGCUGAGCCUAGAAACUGAUCAAGCUCAUGGGGGAAUGACUUAGGAGGCCCCAGGAAAUUCAAGGGAAGUCGGGGUCCAGGAGGAUAGGAUUUGCCUAGAGAGGCCCGUUCCUUCAACAGAGCUUCAUCUAGCUGGCACCAGAGGCAGGAUUGCACCUGUGGUGGGUGCUUAGCCAAGUCGGGGUCACAGAGAAGGACAUGAGAAAUUGUGAUUAGCCGGUAGUGACAGUUUGCUGUCAGGUCCCCCCACAACUGUAGGCCUGGGCCUCCUCUUAGGCAUGGGAUCCCCAGAGUGGACCUGCCCAGCUACCCAGGGCCAGUUUGUGCACCCAUGGAGAGCGUUGCUGGCAGCCAUAGAGACCAGAGGGAGUGGGUCACAGCCCAUGACCCAGCCGAAUGGGGCAUUCCAGACAGCUGACCCGGCACGUUUUGCCUGCACAUGGCUCAGACCUUGGGUCGAGUAACGCUUGUUUGUGUGUAUCUCAAAGAUUAUUUUAUCUCCUGGUAUUUGUGUUUGCUGAGGACGGUGGAAUGGGGGGGUCUGGAGUCUUGUAUGAAUAAAGAUUCUUUCUCUC